AUCAACACAACCACCGUCAUACCCCUCAAACGAAUCCUUACCAUCACAUUCAUGAUAUUGGCCGUGAGCCUCACAACUCUCUUUCCCAAUUGAUCACCAUACUUUCCUAACCGCUCCAGCCCUUGUAGCCGCUGAUGCCGCGGGAGCCGCUGAUGCCGUGGACCGGCGCGGCCCCGACCGAGGUCGUCCGCGAGCUGCUGGUUAAACUUCUCUUGGUUUGUUCCGUGCGGUCAGAGUGUUUGCUGGAUUUUUUUACGAAUGAGGAGAUCGACGUCAGCACGCCCGCUUGCGCGGGCGCCCUUUACGCGGAGGUAUUGCGCUACAAUGGUACAGUUUUUCCCGGUUACCGGCCAGGGAAGGCACGCAAGGUGCACACCACAGAGCAAUUGACGUUCGGGAUGGGGAAGCUGAUCGAAGCCAUAUUGGUGCCUUAUUGGAAGGACCCCACGGUGUACGACCAUGUGUUGUGCGAGCCGGCGGGCUUAAAAAAUCCGUGAAGUGUUUCGGUGGGGGUUUGAUUUUCUCCCACGGGUUCGAGUUCCUCGUCUUGGCGCUGUCCUCGCCGGAGUGGGCCGCGGCCCAGUUGCGAGAUGGCCCCGUGGAGUCGGGGAAUAAUGGACAGGCCUUCUUGGACAUCUGCAACUCUUGUUCUGAGCGGGGCGCCGUCUCCCGGAAGACGUGGACCGACGUGCUCGGCCGAGUGGAGGCCGAGAUGGGGGUGGACGGGAAGUACACAGUCUUCAACAUGCAGAGCAACGCAUGCAAACUCAUUGAGGAGAUCCAGACCGUCUUCACCGGGAAGCUCCUGGGAAAGGAGCGUUCCGAGGACGCCCCGGCGCAGGGUGCCAAGAGGAUGCGGGCUAAGACGCCUGCCCGCGGGCGCCCCGCGGAUGCGGGCGAGCCUUGAAAAUCGCGCGGCGCGCUCCCGGGCCUCUCGGCGAGGCGGUUCCAGGGCCGCCGGGCCCCUUCCCCGGGGGUGCCCCGGGGCUGUUUUUUCUAGGGAAGCCCUAGGCGAAACGCGACCGAGAUUUAAUAAUCUCGGUCCGGUCACGUUUCGCUCGAGACUUCUGCGC